AUGAUCGACCUCAAAGCAUUGCGUGACAAUCCCCAGCGUUUCAAAGACGGCUGCGCCAAGAAAAACUACACAGUUGACAUCGAUCAACUGCUCAAACUCGACGAGCAACGACGCUCGCUCCAGAGCGAGCAAGAAGCACUGCGCUCAGAGCAAAAGAAGCUCUCGAAAGAAACCGGUCCAAAGAUCGGUCAGCUCAUGGGACAGCUCAAAGGCGCCAGCGACGCCGACAAGCCGAGCAUCGAAGCGCAGAUCGCGGAGAUCAAAGAAGCACCCGCGAAACUCAAGGACCAGAUCACCGCACUGGACGAACAGAUCGCGCAGAUCGAGCCAGCACUCAAUGAGUUGUUACUCGCGAUCCCGCUCCCCCCGGAUGAUGAUGUCCCAGUAGGAAGCACAAGCGACGACAACGUCGAGAUCUCCCGCUGGGCGCCCGAUGGCUGGGACUGGGACAAGACCUUCGAACAGAACAAAGGCUUCGCUCCCAAGUCGCACAUCGAGCUCUGCGAGAUGCACAAUCUCGUCGACUUCCCUCGAGGCGUCAAGAUCGCGGGAUCACGCUCGUACAUCCUCAGCGGCGACGGCAUGAAGCUCCACCAAGCGAUCCUCCGCUACGCGAUCGACACGAUGACCAACGAGAACGGCUUCACCCCGAUGAGCGUCCCUGUCCUCGUGCGCGAACAAGCAAUGAUCGGCACAGGAUUCUUCCCAGGAGGCAAAGACCAGUCCUACCAGGUCAACGAAGAAGGACGCGGCGGUGGACAAGACAUGUACCUGACAGGCACAGGCGAAGUCGGACUCAUGGGACUCCACCAAGACGAGAUCAUCGACGAAGCAAACCUGCCACUCAAGUACGUCACCGUCUCGACCUGCUUCCGCAGAGAAGCGGGAGCAGCUGGCAAAGACACAGCAGGUUUGUACCGCAUCCACCAGUUCGACAAGGUCGAGCAAGUCGUGAUCGACGUCGCGGAUGAAUCCAAAUCGCGCCAACACCACAAGGACAUGAUGGGGUUCGUCGAGCACCUCCUCAAAUCCCUCGGACUCCCCCACCGAUUGCUCCAGUGCUGCACAGGUGAUCUUGGCGUGAAGAACGCCGACAUGAUCGACAUCGAAUGCUGGAUGCCCUCACGCGGCGACGAGGACGACAACGGAGUCCCAACCGGAGAGUUCGGAGAAACCCACAGCGCGAGCCGACUCUACGACUUCCAGUGCCGACGCCUCAACAUGCGCUACCGCGCCGGAGGAGAGAAAGGCAAAGGCGCGACCACCUUCUGCCACUCCCUCAACAACACCGUCGCCGCAUCUCCUCGCAUCCUGAUCCCGAUCAUCGAGAUGUACCAAAACGCCGACGGCUCGAUCACCGUCCCCGAAGCGCUACGCCCGUACAUGAACGGACAAGAACGCAUCGGAUAA